UGCCAUAACCUGCAACACUCAUCAGGCAGCUUUAAUCUCUGAUAAAGCCCCUUCUGAAUUCAACUUUCUUCGGCUAACAGCUUUAUUUAAACCUCAACAUUCCUUUCCUAUCAAUAAUACUGAUAAAGAAAUGGCCAACACAUCAAUGAAACCAGUUGCCUCUUUGCUUUUGCUUCUCAACUUCUGCAUGUAUGUGGUGCUCUUGGGUAUCGGUGGUUGGGCUAUGAAUCGUGCAAUUGAUCAUGGUUUUAUUAUCGGUCCAGGAUUGGAGCUCCCUGCACAUUUUUCACCCAUUUACUUCCCCAUGGGAAACGCGGCCACUGGAUUUUUCGUGAUGUUUGCUUUAAUAGCUGGAGUUGUGGGUUCUGCUUCAUGUAUCUCAGGCUUCCUCCACCUCAGGACAUGGAGUCGUGAGAGCUCACCAGCUACUGCUGCAGUUGCUACCAUUGCUUGGACUCUAACUCUUUUGGCUAUGGGCUUUGCAUGCAAGGAGAUCUCGCUUCAGUACAGGAACGCCCGACUGGUUGCAAUGGAAGCAUUCAGCAUAAUCCUCUCUGUCACACAGCUCUUAUACGUUGCAACACUUUACGGACCAUCUGCCUGAAAGAUUUGUGCAUGAAAUUCUUUCAUGACUUCGCUUACUUUUCCUUUAUUAUUUAUUUUAUUACUGUACGGAGUGGUUAAGGGAGAUUCUGAAACUGGUUGAUUUUGCUACCUGUUGUAAAGUGUGUUUUAUAUUUAUGAUUUGCUCCAAUUGAGUUUUAAACCUUGAAUAAAACACAUCAUUCUGUGCAAAAUGCAUAAUUUCUCAA